GAUUUUCCCGAACAAGUGGCAAUUGGCUGCACUGCUUUGGUAUGCGCCGUAUGCGGUCGAGGAGAAAACAAAAGGAGCAAAAUCUCUUCUCCAUGCAUCCUCCUCUUCUCUUGUCGUGAACCUCCUCUUCCUCGUUUUCUUCGCCAGGUCAAAGGAAGAGAGAAGAUGUGCCCGAUUUCAACCUGAGCGCAAAGUUUUCGGCCCGACGCAAUUAUUCGAGACGAAACGAGCAGCACCACCCCACACAAUCAUGCAGCACCAGAGGUCGUACGACCUGCAGCAGCCGCUGUACGAGAACCUGAGCAGCCUCCAACAGCCGCAGGGCCCUCGACCGCCCUACGAGGCCUCCAGACAGGCGCCGCCCUACGAGGCACCGCCGCUCUACGAGAACAUGCAGACGGUGUCCGCGAGGAUGGCGUCGCUCUACGUCUCGUCGCCGGUGCAGGCGGCUCGGACACCCGCGUCACCCUCGCACGGCGUCAACGUCGUCACGCCAGUGCAGCCCGGCCCUCAGCCUGCAGUCCACCUAAGGUCAGCUCCGCCUCCAGUGGCCACAGGUCUGACCGUAAGCGAGCCGCAGCGGAAAGACGGCGCCCUGCCUGGUGCAGAGAGGCAACACGCCACUUCACCCCCGCUGCCGUCGCCACCCGCGUCCUCCCGAGGAGAGUACGUGAUGAUGAAGCCAUCGAGGCCAGCGGCGCCGCAGCAGACGCCGCAGGUGCUGCAGCAGACGCAGGUCAAACUGCCGCAGCUGCGGAUGAAACCAGGCAGCAAGAAUUUGUUGCCCUUCAUCGUGACCGGCGGCAAGAAAAAGGGGCCGACGGAGGCUGAACUCAAAAUCGAGGAACUUACCCGACAGCUCGAGGAGGAGAUGGAGCGGCAGGAAGAAGAGGGAGAGUAUUUCGGAAUUUGCCAUACAUGCAACGAAAAAGUGACCGGCGCCGGUCAAGCGUGCCAAGCCAUGGGCAACCUUUACCACACCAAAUGCUUCAUCUGCUGCUCCUGCGGACGGGCCCUGCGCGGCAAGGCGUUUUACAACGUCCACGGCCGCGUGUACUGCGAGGAAGAUUAUCUGUACUCGGGAUUCCAGCAGACGGCCGAAAAAUGUGCAAUCUGUGGCCACCUAAUCAUGGAAAUGAUUCUGCAAGCGAUGGGCAGGUCAUACCACCCAGGUUGCUUCCGCUGCUGUGUUUGCAACGAGUGUUUGGACGGCGUCCCUUUCACAGUUGAUGUCGAUCACAAAAUCUAUUGCGUCAACGAUUAUCACAGAAUGUUUGCUCCAAAGUGUGCAGCAUGUGGCAAGGGAAUAACCCCGGUUGAAGGCACGGAGGAGACCGUGCGGGUGGUUUCAAUGAACAAAGAUUUCCACGUCGACUGCUACAUGUGCGAAGAGUGUGGCAUCCAGUUGACAGACGAACCCGACAAAAGGUGCUACCCACUGGAAGGGUGUCUUCUGUGCCGAUCGUGCCACCUUUUGAGGAUCAGCUCCAACUCUACAGAACAACCCACGGCUGUUCCGGCCAGUUACAAAUAUGUGCUUUGAACGUCUCAAUAAGGAUAUCCCAUUGGUAGCUUUUACGUUCCACUUGAUUACUUUUUUUCACUUCCGGCAGGAGUGUACUCGUAUUGGUGUAGUUUUAAAUGCUUGCCAACAAUUUGGCAAUUUGACCAUAAUUCCUUUUGCUAGCUGCAAAAAAUAUAAAUUCCUGUAUUGUGGCAGCUUCCAACAGUGGUGAUUUUUGCACUUCUUUUAUUUGCAUUUACAACCAGUUUAUCAAUGUUAUUUCUAAAGCUUAUUGUUAACAUUAUUUAUGUAUACAUUCACAAAAACUUGUUCUUAUGCAUGUACGAAAUUAUUUUUAUAUUAUUACCAUGUGUCAAUUUAUACAUUAGUUUACUGUAUUGUAUUACAUACUUUAUUUUAUAUUUUACUUCUUAAUAUAUUUUUUUAAGAGUGUUGCAUUUUUGCAAUUAUUCAAGUGCAUUUCCAAAGAGAUCAACAAUGGUUUCUAUUUAUUU